CCUUCGUGCGUUCACUUUCCCAGACUCCACCAACCAAAUUCAGUAGAGAAGAAGAAAAGAAAACGAAAACGAUGUCGUCUGAGGCGGAGAAGUCAAACAAUUCAGCUCCGGCGACACCGCCGCCGUAUUUCUGGGGAGACAUGCCGGAGGAAGAGUACUACACUUCCCAAGGCGUGCGUAACACCAAAUCCUACUUCGAAACACCCAACGGAAAGCUCUUCACGCAGAGCUUUCUCCCCUUAGAUGGUGAGAUCAAAGGGACGGUGUACAUGUCUCACGGGUACGGAUCCGACACGAGCUGGAUGUUCCAGAAGAUCUGCAUGAGCUUCUCCAACUGGGGUUACGCCGUUUUCGCCGCCGAUCUUCUCGGUCACGGCCGUUCUGAUGGCAUCCGCUGCUACUUGGGUGAUAUGGAGAAAGUUGCAGCAACAUCAUUGUGUUUCUUUAAGCAUGUUCGUGACAGCGAGCCAUAUAAGCAUCUCCCUGCUUUCCUCUUUGGUGAAUCUAUGGGAGGUCUUGCCACACUUCUCAUGUACUUUCAAUCGGAGCCUGAUACUUGGACCGGUUUGAUCUUUUCGGCUCCUCUCUUUGUUAUCCCGGAGGAUAUGAAGCCAAGCAAGACUCACCUUUUCGCCUACGGUCUCCUCUUUGGCUUGGCUGAUACGUGGGCUGCAAUGCCGGAUAAUAAGAUGGUUGGCAAAGCUAUACAUGACCCGGAAAAGCUCAAGAUUAUUGCAGCUAACCCACAAAGGUACACAGGGAAGCCUAGAGUGGGAACAAUGAGAGAGUUACUAAGGAAGACACUAUACGUGCAGGAAAAUUUCGGGAGAGUAACUGCUCCGUUUCUGACGGUGCACGGGACAGCUGAUGGAGUGACGUGUCCUUCAUCGUCGAAGCUACUAUAUGAGAAGGCAUCGAGUGAUGAUAAAACACUGAAGCUUUAUGAUGGGAUGUACCAUUCAUUGAUUCAGGGAGAGCCAGAUGAGAAUGUUGCUAUUGUGUUAAAGGAUAUGAGAGAGUGGAUUGAUGAGAGGGUUGAGAGGUAUGGAUCUAAGUAAAGCAGAUUGAAACUUACAUUUUGUGAAAGAGAAAUGUGCAUUGAUACCAUGGCUCAUAGUGGUUGUUGAUUCGAGUUGUUAUGUUGUUUGUGUUUUAUCCAAGAACAUGACUUUUGGGAUGUAAUAAUAACUUCUAUAGUAUCUCUAUUCGCAUUUAUAUGACUCUUGAACAAUGUUUAUCGAA